AAGUGUUUGUUUAAAAUUUUUGUACGUUUGUAUUGAGAAAUUGUUGGUAAUAUCUGUUGCAUUGUACUAGCUGUCAAGCUGCCUUGUUUUCUUGUCUUCGACUAUUUGUGAAUAUGUGUUUUUAUAAUAACUAUAAAUUGACAAUGGACGGGCCCAAUAGACCAGCCUAUCAACUUGCAAUACAGCUGGUGCGCAUUGGCAUCGUUGCUGUCGUCACCUACUACUGCGCCACAUGGAUAAUCAGCUCCGUCGAUCCCACCAGCAAGACCAAGAAGAAGGCCAAACGGCAGGCCCAGAUACAGCUGAAGAAACUGAACGAUAUAACCGGACAGGGCAAUAAACUGAAGCUAAGCGACUUCAAUAGCUAUGAACUGAUGAUAGCUUCGCAUCUGAUCGCUCCCGCCGAUAUCGAUAUAAGUUGGUCGGACAUUGCGGGCUUGGACGCGGUUAUCCAGGAGUUGCGCGAAUCUGUGGUGCUGCCAGUCCGACACCGAGAUCUGUUUCAGCGCUCGCAGCUGUGGCGGCCGCCGAAAGGCGUUUUACUCUAUGGACCGCCCGGCUGUGGCAAGACACUCAUUGCCAAGGCUAUGGCCAAGGAGGCCGGCAUGCGUUUCAUUAAUCUGGAUGUCGCAGUGCUCACCGACAAAUGGUAUGGAGAAUCCCAAAAGUUGGCUGCCGCCGUCUUUACGCUCGCCCAAAAACUUCAGCCAUGCAUAAUAUUCAUCGAUGAGAUUGAGGCGUUUUUACGCAUCCGCACAGCAGCAGAUCACGAGGCGACGGCCAUGAUGAAGACGCAGUUUAUGAUGCUGUGGGACGGCUUGCUAAGCAGCUCCAACUCCUCGGUCUUAGUGCUGGGCGCCACGAAUCGGCCACAGGAUCUGGAUAAGGCCAUUUUGCGGCGCAUGCCCACACAAUUUCACAUUGGUCCACCAUUGGAGUGCCAGCGUUUAGCCAUACUGCAGGUGAUAUUGCAGCACGAGCAGCUGCAUCCGACCGUCGACCUGAAACGCUUGGCCAAUUUGACGGCCGGCUAUUCGGGAUCUGAUCUGCGAGAGUUGUGCCGUCACGCCAGCAUCUAUCGCAUGCGCGAAUAUAUGCGGAAUCUAAUGAUUAAGGAGGGCAACUGCAUCAUCGAUGUCCACCUGGUGGACGAAAGCGAGCUGGUCAUUAGCAUGGACGAUCUCGUUAAGUCUUUGGUCAACAUGAAUUUGUCCAAGGUGCAAACGGGCAAUACUUAUCUGGCUAAAAAUAUAGAUUUAGACUAGGAUAUAUAUAUAUAUAUAC